AAAAAAAAGCUCAAUCUUAAUUCAAACACAUCAAAAGUAAAAGCCCUAACAUCUCCCUUCUCUCAUAUAUCGCCGCCAUUUCUCUACCGUAACAAAAUGACAACCACCAUGAAACUCACCGUAAAACCCCAAACCCCAUGCCUUACCGCCAUUACCACCACCUCCAAACCUCAUACAUCCUCAUUCCUUCCUCUCCGCCGCCGCACCAUCUCCCCAAUCCGCAUGUCCCUCCGCGACGACGGUCCAUCCAUCGCCGUCGUCGGUGUCACAGGCGCCGUCGGACAAGAAUUUCUCUCUGUCCUAUCCGACCGUAACUUCCCUUACCGCUCCAUCAAACUCCUAGCCAGCAAGCGUUCUGCCGGCAAAGAAAUGACAUUUGAAGAUCGCAAUUAUGUUAUUGAAGAGUUGAAUAAUGAUAGCUUUGAUGGAGUUGAUAUUGCACUGUUUAGUGCUGGUGGUUCAAUUAGUAAACAGUUUGGACCUUUGGCUGUGGAAAAGGGAACUAUUGUGGUUGAUAAUAGUUCUGCUUUUAGAAUGGUGGAAGAUGUACCGCUUGUUAUUCCUGAAGUUAAUUAUGAGGCUAUGAGUCAUAUUAAACUUGGGAAUGGGAAAGGGGGUUUGAUUGCUAACCCUAAUUGUUCUACUAUUAUUUGCUUGAUGGCUGCUACUCCUCUUCAUCGUCAUGCUAAGGUCACACGUAUGGUUGUCAGUACAUAUCAGGCUGCAAGCGGUGCUGGUGCGGCUGCCAUGGAAGAGCUUGAGUUGCAAACUCGUGAGGUUUUGGAAGGGAAGCCUCCGACAUGCAAUAUCUUUAAGCGACAGUAUGCCUUUAAUUUGUUCUCCCACAAUGCACCAAUACUUUCAAAUGGAUACAAUGAAGAGGAAAUGAAGCUAGUGAAGGAAACAAGGAAAAUUUGGAAUGAUAUCAAUGUGAGAGUUACUGCUACUUGUAUAAGGGUACCUGUUAUGCGUGCACAUGCUGAGAGUGUAAACCUUCAGUUUGAGAAACCCCUUGAUGAGGACACCGCGAGAGAAAUCUUGAAGAAUGCUCCUGGUGUAGUGGUAAUAGAUGAUCGUGAAGCAAAUCACUUUCCAACCCCCUUGGAAGUGUCGAACAAGGAUGAUGUUGCUGUUGGCAGAAUAAGGCGUGAUGUCUCUCAAGAUGGAGAUAAUGGGUUGGAUAUCUUUGUUUGUGGUGAUCAAAUACGCAAGGGCGCAGCACUUAAUGCUGUCCAGAUUGCUGAGAUGCUGUUAUAGAGUUGUUUCCCCUCAUUUUUUUAAUGGAGGCUUACAUGGCCUGAUUUUGUAUUGAAAGUGUUAGCAAUGGAGUGAUCCUGUAUCUUGAACACGGGCACAUUUGUACAAUCGAGUUGUUUUUUGGUUUUCUGAGGUAAAAAAUACGGUGAAAUGUACGUGUUUCUGUUUUGUUGUACUCGUCUACCCUCACUUUGAUACCAGUUUCUGAGUUCUCUCU